AUCACCCCUCAUACAGAGGCAGCGCUGCUCUGUGCACGCCGCUCCUGCCAGCGUAGACCAGGCGGAUGUACUGAUGGCUCGUAUUUCUGGUGACUUUCACAUUAUGUUGUUGUGUGGCUCGGUUUGUUUCCCACCACCUGGCCUCUUGCCAUCCUCAUCCUCUUGGCCGUCUGCAUGAUCGGACAGACUGAAGGUAAAUGCCCGGACUGUGAAAGCUGCGGAUCCAUGCCCGCCGGAUUGGUGCAGGCGUUGAAGGCGCUUUGAAAAUCUCCAUCUGCCCGACUGAGAGUCGACUGGUUGAAUUCCCAUUUAAAGCAGCUUACCCGUGUGUCUUGUUACCCAGACUGUUGCUGAAAAUGAAAGAAAAAGACCUGUCGGCCAGACCGGUGCAGAAGGAGCUGUCUGGCUGGUCCCGCCGCACUACUAUGACUCCGAGUUCCUGAAGAUUUCUAGUUUAUUUAGAUUCGGCUUUUCCUCUUGAAGCCCACUUGAUUCCUCAAUGGGUUCCCGCAGCCAAGGCUUCUUCCACCACCACCAUCACCACCAUCGUAGCUCCAUGGUGCCAGCUACGGUGCCGAGGCUACUGCCCGAGAAUGGCAGCCUGCUGGGGGGCAUCGCGCAGAUCACCCCCAACCUUUUCCUCAGCAGGGGGAACGUGGCGUCCAACCGCAGCCUGCUGCUGUCUAAAGGCAUCACCUGUGUGGUCAACGCCACCAUCGAGCUCCCCAACUUCAACUGGCCGCACAUGGAGUAUGUAAAGGUCCCUCUGGCAGACAUGCCACACUCCCCUAUCUCCUUGUACUUCGACAGCGUGGCUGAUAAGAUCCACAGCGUGGGACGGAAACGAGGGGCGGUGCUGGUGCACUGUGCAGCCGGGGUUAGCCGCUCAGCCUCUCUCUGCCUGGCGUACCUCAUGAAGUACCAUCGAGUGUCUCUGGCAGAGGCCCACGCCUGGGUCAAAGCUCGCCGCCCUGUCAUCAGGCCCAACGGCGGCUUCUGGCGUCAGCUCAUUGAGUACGAGAGGAAGCUGUUCGGCAGAAACUCUGUUAAGAUGGUGCAGACGCCCUACGGGGUCAUACCGGAUGUUUACGAGAGGGACCGCAGGAGCCUGGCUCCGUACUGGGGCCUGUGAGAGACGCUGUGCCAAGUGUCCACAGUGAGGGAUCGAGGAGGAACGAAAGCGAAGAUGAGCCCUUUUGCCCUUCUGGACUGCAGGUUCACGCCUGUUCUGGACAGGUGAAUGAGACGCGUGUGAGUGUACAUCUGUGUGAAGCUUAUUUAAUGAAUACUGGUGCGUUUGAACAGGAGGAGUCUAACCAAACACUGGUUGUUAACGGUGCUGCUGCUUGUCCAACCAUUUAGUCUUUGAGUGGAAGCAAGGCCACUUCGAGCCCAGAAUCCUGAGGACCAAAGGAUCGAAUGGGACCACAAUGAUGUCAGACACCAAAACAAGAUAAAACACCCUGAGUGUGGACGUCGGUGCUGGCCUGUCUUUCCAGUUCCAGUGAGGAGGAGCGCUCUGGGAAGGUGUUAGCUGUGCUCGAGACUCCGCGGCUCUGACAGUGACUGAAGUCCUUUUCCUGACGUGAUGUCAUGUGAUGGUAUUGUGCCAGUUUUGCAGUUAUCUUUAGUGUGGGGGCAGCAGCAUGCUCUCAAUUUAUGGUAGCAUUUAAGAUAAGUGUACAGAUAAAAAAAUAUAUAGGCAAAUUAUUUUACUGGAAUGUACUGAUAGUGAGGAAAAAAUGGCGCACUUUAACCGAACAUUUAAACAUGUUAUUCUAUCUACCUUUUUAAGGUGAGAGUCUAAAAGAGUACAAGUCAGGACAGGAAAGUUCCUGUGUACCACAGGAUUGACUGUUCCAUCCUGUGACUACACAAUGUUAUUGUAGUUCUAUUUGAUGCUGUAUUAAAAAAAAAAUGUUCGCUGCCUCAA